AUGACCUCCCACAAUCUUGUGCUAGAUGAUUUAAUGUCUGUCUUAUACACUAACUUUCUAACAGAUGGAGGACUAUAUGACAAAUGUUCUUACACCUCCCGUGACCGAGGAUGGGUCCUGGGGAUUAACACCGUCAGUGACCAGGGGAAUAGAGACCCCCGCUAUUUCUUCUCUCUGAAGACGGACCGUGCUCGCAAAGUAACCACCAUUGCAGCACAUCGCAGCUACCUCCCCAACCAGUGGGUGCACCUGGCUGCCACGUACGAUGGGCACCUGAUGAAACUCUAUGUGAAUGGUGCCCAGGUGGCCACAAGUGGAGAGCAAGUGGGCAGCAUCUUCAGUCUUCUGACCUUGAAGUGCAAAGUGCUCAUGGUUGGAGGAAAUGCCCUGAACCAGAACUAUCGGGGUUACAUAGAGCACUUCAGCCUCUGGAGGACAGCCCGGUCUCAGAAGGAGAUCUUGUUGGACAUGGGCCAGGCAAUUCACAGGCAAGACAUGCCUCUACCUCAGCUAGUUCUUCAAGACAGUUUACUGAAUGUGAAAAACACCUGGUCUCCCAUGAAGGAUGGCAGCAGUCCUCGGAGCAAGUUCAGCUACCAUCAUGGCUAUUUGCUGGAUACCAGCCUAGACCCUCCUCUCUGCGGCCAGACGGUCUGUGACAACACAGACGUCAUCGCCAGCUACAACAAGCUCCCCAGCUUCCGCCGUAAUAAAACCGUUCGCUACCGGGUGGUAAAUCUCUACGAUGACAAGCACCAGAACCCCACCGUCAGCCGGCAGCAGAUCGAGUUCCAGCAUCAGCAUCUAAACGAGGCUUUCAGCCGCUACAACAUCACCUGGGAGCUGGAGGUGCUGGAGGUGAAGAACUCUUCCCUUCGCCACCGACUCAUCCUGGCCAACUGCGACAUCAGCAAGAUCGGAGACGAGAACUGCGAUCCGGAGUGCAACCACACCUUGACUGGGUAUGAUGGUGGAGACUGCCGACACGUGCGCCACACCCUCUUCAACAAGAAGAAGCAGAAUGGGGUGUGUGACAUGGAUUGUAAUUACGAGAGGUACAACUUCGAUGGUGGGGAAUGCUGUAACCCGGAGAUAACAGAAGUCACCAAGACGUGCUUUGACCCAUAUUCUCCUUACAG